GGCGACAAAAGAAAAGCCCCGCUUCGGCCGGCGGUGGCCAAACCCUGCUCGGAUCCUGGCUUGUGUUCUUCGCGGCGCCGGAGGAGAGGAAGCCGCAGCAGAGGAAGGCGCCGCGGACCGGGCGAGGAGUCUCCGAGGCGGCAGGUGCACCGAAGGAGACCCAAGCUGUUAGAGGCUGUGCAAAGAAACUUGGCUUGUAUCAGACCAUGAUUACAACAUCAAGCCUCUGCUGGAUCCCACGAAUUAAAACCAGGGCUCCCAGGAUGCCCUUUUACCUCCUCCUUCUCCUUUUCCAGCUUCCAGCUUGGGGAAAAGGAAACCCAAAUGGAACAAGUGACAUGGAAGAAGAAAUUAGGAAGAUAGAAUCAAAACUGAUGCAGUUAGAAACUCGGCAGGGUAGAAGUUUCACACGUGAGGAUCCAUUUUUAUACCUCCAACAUUUGGAGUCAACUUUGGUAAACAUGCAGUUUGAAGAACAUUACAAGAGCUUUAAGAGAAAAAAGAUACAAGCAAAUGUGCACAAAAUUUCAUCCCAGACACCUGAAAGUCUGCCCAUUGAAGUAGAAGUGGAGGAUGAAGAAGUCCGUAAGUUCCAAGUGACUCUGUCAAAAACAGUCUUAGCAAAAUCCAAACAGCAUCGGGUUGACCAGGAGGGACGAGUUGUGAUGUUGGCAGCUACAAGUCCGGUGCUCUUCAAGGAUAAUGAUUCUAACCCAAUCCUUGGUGGAAAAGUGAUUGGCAUCUCAGUAAGGAACACGUCAGUCCGUGGGUUGACUCCAAACGAACGGGUAUCAAUAACCCUUUGGCAUCACAACCUUCAGAGGAAUUUGACUCCCAUGUGUGUGUUCUGGGUUAUGGGCGCCAAGCCUGGCUACCCUGGCAAGUGGGACACAUCAGGCUGUGAAGUGGUACGUGGAGAAAAUGAGACGACCUGCCUUUGUGACCAUCUCACCUUCUUUGCGGUGCUCAUGGUGAGUCCCAGUCCCCGCAUCAGCAUCCUGCAGAGCACAUGGGGACAAAAGAUGAUUUCUGGGACCACCAACUCCCAGAAGCUCAGACAGACUGGCCAGUGUGAUGUAGUGCCCUCAAAUAUAGACAAGAUCCACUAUAAAACCCUGAACACUGUCACUCAUGUUGGUUGCACCAUUUCCGCUCUGGCUUCACUUGUCACCAUCUUCUUCCUUUGCUUGAGGCAAAAGGAGGGAGAACACAUUGUCUACAUCCACAUGAAUCUCCUCUGGGCCAUCUUGCUCCUUGACGUGAGCUUCCUCAUCGCGGCUUACUUGGUUCCUACCGGAGAUGACAUGGCUUGCAAAGUUGGUGGCAUGUUUCUGCACUUUGGCGUGCUAGCGUGCUUGACCUGGAUGGCCAUUGAGGGCUACAGUCUCUACCGGCUGGUGAUCGAAGUCUUCAAUUCCUACCUCAAAUACUUUCGUCUCAAGCUCUCCCUGGUGGGCUGGGGUCUUCCCAUGUUCACUGUGUGUCUAAUUUUUGUGAUCAAUCAGUCGUACUACGGCCCUUUCUCUGUUAAGGUCUAUGAGUCUGCUGAUAAUUAUACCAAUGCAACCAUCUGUUGGAUUACGAAAAAAGAGAUCAGCAAUUUCCUGAAUUUGGGCUAUUUAAGCCUGGUGCUCUUCUUCAACGGCAUCAUGCUGGCCACGAUGGUGUACGAGAUCCUCAAACUGAGACAUCGAGAGCGUCACUGGGAAUAUGCCGUGAUGCUUCUGGGGCUGAGCUGUGUCCUGGGCAUCCCGUGGGGACUGGCCUUCUUUGCGCUCACUUCUGGGACGUUCAAGUUGGUGGCAGUCUAUCUUUUCACCAUCAUCAACUCUCUUCAAGGCUUCCUCAUCUUCCUUUGGUACGUGGCCAAAGUGCUGCAGUCCCGCAGGUCGUCUUGCAUGCAGUGCGCAUCUUCCAACAGCAUGAGGCUACAGUCAAACAGCACCAGCAUCUGACCUGGUCCCGGCCCAGGCGGCUUUGGGCAUGGAGCACCUGUAGGAGCAUCUCCAUGGGAACUCAGU